UGGGCGGAUGCGCUUCGGGGUCUUUGCAGAGCCAAGUCGAGGGUGAGAUUCCGAUGCACGUGUGGAUACGAUAAUAGGGGGGUACUUUUGCAGGAGAGCGUGCCAGGGAUGCGCCCAUCCUAAUGGAGCCAGGCUGCAAGCGCCGGAAAACGGUGGAGCUGAACGGGGCCUCCACAUGGGACGUGCUUCCUGUUCUUUCCGAGAGGGAAUCCCAGAGUGUGGUACUAAUCCCCGCCUAUGCUGCACCCGUCCUGGACAAGAAGGAGGCGUGCCGCCUGGUGAGGGAGGUCUCUGCCGCCUACCCACUGGGGGACCACCCCCACUUGAAACGUGUCCGUGCUUGCGUCUCCGCGGAGAGCACCCACCCACUGGAGAUGAUCCUAUGCCUGGCCAGCCCCAGGCCAGAGCAGGAUGGCUCCCAUUCCCUUGCUGCACUUUUCCCCGAUGGCCAGGUUGACCCGCGUGGCUUAGGGGCGCCUUUUUUGACCCUGGUGCCAGCCUUCCCGCCCUUGACCCGCCCCCAGUUCGAGGAAGCCUCCUCGCACUGGCCUGUCUCUUUCCAUGAGAACAAGCGCAUCAGCCGGGCUCUCAGCGGCUGCCUCUUCACUCCCUCGGAGAAGGCCGCCAUGCAAAGCCAUAUGGAGCUGGCUAUCCGAGCGGCGCGAGGAGGUGCGCGGCUCAGCAUGGAGCCGGUGGGGGCCGUGGUGGUUGACCAAGCUUCUGGGAGAGUUCUGGCGGUGGCGCACGACUGCAGGGAAGGCUUCAACCCGUUGCUGCACGCCGCUAUGGUCUGCAUCGACCUGGUGGCCUGCGGCCAGGGAGGUGGGGCGUACAGUUAUGAAGAUUACCCUUCCUGCACCUUCCUUCAGCCGGAUGGUGACUCAGGCCAUUCCUCCUCCUCCUCGGGCGACGGGCUCCCCUACAUCUGCACCGGCUGCGAUAUGUACUUGACGCGGGAGCCGUGCGUGAUGUGCGCCAUGGCUCUGGUGCACUCGCGCAUUGGACGGGUUUUCUACGGCGUACCAUCCGCUCACGGCGCCCUGGGGACCAAAUACCACAUCCACUGCCGCAAGGACCUGAACCACCGCUUUGAGGUGUUCCGCGGCGUUCUAGAAGACCAGUGCCGCAGCUUGGCGCAUAUUUCGGUUCCCAGGGAAUCACGGAAAGGCAGUCCUUGAGGAGGAUACUUCUCGUUAUGCUUCCUUUUUAACUUUUUAUAAUAUAUAUUUUAUGUAUGUCUUAUUUUAAGAGAAGUCACGUGU